AUUUCACCAUUGCCAUGAGCAGGUUCUGUUUGGAAGUCUCUCAAAUUUCAUUUUUAAAUCUAAGGUCUCAAAUUCUUAAGUCUCCACAUUCACAAAUGCACAAACCCUUAACUCUCACGUUUUACUAUUUCCAAGAGGUACAUUAAAUCUCUAAUCGCUAAAGAACCAAGAUGCAGCCUACGUAAGCAAUAAUCUUCACGUUGCAGCAAUUUAACAUCCGUCCGAAUGCAAUAGCCAAAAGAAUCUGAAGAAAUCCCGAAAUGGCGAAAGCAUAUGAUGGAACUAAACGUAGCGUUUGUCAACGGCAAUUGGAGUGAGGCCUGGCGAUUAGCAGACGAAAUCUUCACGCUUUUUAGAAAACCCGUCUCGAGUUAAAGGUGUCCAUUCGCCAAAGCGACUGUUUAGUCCAACAAAAACAUCAGGAUGGAAACAAUCACUCCAAACUAGCUUCAAAAUGUUCACACUGAAACUUCUACUCUUCGCUCUUUCGUCGAGCUUCUUAGAAGCCAAUUUGGACCUUGAAGAAAAUCCUACCGAGGACUCUAUAAAGUUCUUCGAGGACGAUCAAUUUUCCGUACAGUCGACAACCACGGAGUCCACAACCAUAGAAGCCUACAAGUUGACAGUGUCCAUAACGGACAACAACGUCUCCAGAGAGUUUAAGCCUAGUAUACACCUGGGUGAAAUCAAGGAGUCUCGGAUCAGUCCCUUCAACAACCUCCAUCACAUCAGGUUCGAUAACGAGGUGGAUCCCACGUCCUAUCACCAAGUGAACAGCCUUGGGGUCGUCUACCAACCCGAAUACCCGACCCAGGUUCAUCAGGUGUCUCUCCAGGGUUCGUCAGAAGCCUCGGACGAAGACAGAAGACAAGUGCACGUGAAGUUCCAGGAUUACCCUGCAAAUGUACCCAAGGUUUAUUACGGGGACUUAGUUCAGAACCAAGGAUAUCAGCUGCCUGGGAAUGUGGGCUACGAUCUCGUGGAUCAACAGGUGUUUCAGAAUGUGGAGAAGCCAGAUCAGAACUCGAACUAUAAACCUUCGAAGCAGGAGUUUCAGGGAUUUUCGAAUGAUCCACUGAGGAUGCAGUAUGGAUACCAGGAUCAGGCUUAUGAGGGUCUCAACGCGAUUAGGAAACCGUUCGAUGGGGCUGUUUAUGUUCAGGAGGCGUCGUUUGUUAGGACCAAGAAGUUUCCGUAUCCUUUUCUACACCCACCUGUUGGAUAUCAGGAGGUCGAACAGCAUUCGAGCUAUCCUGUUAGAGAAAGGUGAUUUCUGUAGCUUUUCAUUUUUUGCUUCGUGGAAUUUUAGUGGAUUCUAUUUUU